ACACCACCACUGAAGACCCACCACCACCAUGCCUCGCCGAUCAUCUUCCCCACUCCUCUCUCCGCCGGUCCUCAUCAUCCUCCUCCCCACCGUUAUCUUAAUCUUCCUCAUCUACGCCAUCCCUCCACUUCUCUCCCUCACUUCCCACAUCCUCCAGCCCACCGUCUCCGUCAAGAAAAGCUGGGACUCUCUCAACGUCUUCCUCGUCAUCUUCGCUAUCCUCUGCGGCGUUUUCGCUAAAAAACACGACGACGCCGUCGAGGGAUUGCCUGAUGUCGACAACCCUCACGUCCAUAAUCAUAAUGCUUCCAACCGUCUACUUGGUUCUCCCAUCAACAGACCUACCUCAUCUCCACGAUCAGAUUCAUCAGUUCUUCUUACUCCGCAGCAGCAAUGGUUUGGAUACCCGGAUAGAACUCCGAAGAUGUAUGACACUACUCCGGUUAGGACGCCGGAUAACGUCGGUGGUGGCGGUUUGAGGAGAAGAAGCUCGUACCCGGAUCUGAGACAAGUUGACUCUCUAUGGCAAACACUAGGCGAUGUUCAAACUAAGUCUCAGUUUCGUUUCUUUGAUGACUUCGAAAUCAGCAACUACGGAACUCACCGACAGCACAGUCACAGAGAGACAAGCUCCGACGAUGUCAAGGAGAUUCCGGUCGAUACUUUCGUACUUAAAUCUUCUCCAACGCCGGUUAAGUUGCCGACUCCGCCGCCACCUCCGCCUCCUCUGCCCCGUCGUCAGAAGCAAGGAACGUAUGAGACAGUUGGUCGACGUAAAAAGAAGGAGAUGAAAGUAGUCGAGGAAGUACGUUCCACCCCGCCACCGACACCUCCUCCUCCACCGCCGCCGAGACCGGUAGCUCCGCCGUCUCCAAUGCGGGUUAGAUCGGACCAAAAACACGGAAGGCUUGAACGGAGAAAGAGUAACGUAAAGAGGGAGAUAGCGAUGGUUUGGAACUCAGUUCUGUCCAAUCAGAGAAAGAGAAAAAGGAAGCAGAAGGCUACGAGGAACAUUGACGAUACUGUUGCUCCGGAAUCUCCGCCGGAACAGUCGCAACUAGUUCCGCCGCCGCCACCUCCACCGCCGCCUUCCUCGGUGUUUCAUAAUUUAUUCAAGAAAGGUAGCAAAACUAAACAGGUACAUUCUGUCUCAGCAGCACCACCGCCGGCAGUUUCAGUACGAACACAUCAAGCCCGGAGAAGCACUAUGCCGCCACCGGCACCGGCACCGCCACGACAACCGCCGGCUGCACACUCUCUGCGCCGGCCGCCAUUGCCGACAAAACCAAGCACGUCCUACGAGGACAAUGUGAUGAACAGCGGCUGCCAGAGUCCGCUGAUUCCGAUUUCGCCGCCGCCUCCACCGUUCAAGAUGCCGGAGCUGAGGUUCUUCGUGAAGGGAGACUUUGUUAAGAUACAAAGCGCCCAGAGCUCCCGGAGUGGGUCACCUGAACCACCGGAGGAGGUAGUAGAUGAUCAUGCAUUGCCAGCUGGCAAGGAAGAGUCAACGUCCUCAUCGACGGUCAACUUAACCGACGGUGGAGAAGGAGCUGGUAAAGCGUCGCCGUCAGUGUUCUUCCUCAGCCCUGAUGUUAACACGAAAGCUGACAACUUCAUUGCCAGGCUUAGAGAUGAGUGGAGGCUCGAGAAGAUGAACUCUCUCAGGGAAAAGAAAAUGAAAUGAUCAAAAACUACCACGACUAAUUUUUACCUUUUUUUUUACAGUGUUGCAUACACAGAUAUUUACUGUCAAUGUAACACAUUACCUACAGUAUGGUACAGACUACAGAGUCUGUAAAUGAAGAACUGAAGAAGAUAUUGGAAGGCAUGCAUGCAAACUAGGGCUCUGAUUGUGUUUUUUUUUAGUUCAUCUUUUGGAGCACGGUUUGGAUUCUUGGUUUGAUGAUAUGAUGUGGGUAACGAGUGUGUAUAAUCUACUGCGGGCGGUGGGUUUCCGGUUGUGAUCUUAUUUUUUUCCUCACGUCUCGGAGCCAAUUGUUGAAAAUAUAUAGUUAAUUUGGGUUUUAAACUCGGAAUUGUUUUGACUUUUAAGUGAU